AUGCGUCCAUCUGUUUCAUCGACAGCCGUCAACAAGGCAAUUGUCGAUGAGGCCCAAGACUCGACGACCGCGCCUGAUCAUAGCGAUUGCAGCCUCGAGUCGGAGGUCGACUUCUCACACCUUCAGAGGUUUAACAACGAUCCCCUCCGCGCUCCUGAUGUCGCCGGACAACAUCUCCGUCUGAGAGUUUUAAAAGGUGCCUAUAUAGUCUUCUUUGCUGCUGGGAACCGAGGUAAGCAACACGUCUACGAGCGCGCUGCCGAAUUGGGUGUGAACGUUAUCAUAGUUGAUGAACCUAAUUCUUGGGUGCAAGAUCUCGUUGUUAAUGGUAUCGUCAAGAAAUACAUACCACUAGACAUCAACACUCAUGACCACGAUCAGUUACACAGGGACGCUGUGAAGGCCCUGAGAGAACUCGACCGCAUCGAUGCUAUAUGCACUGUGUGGGAGACUUCCAUUUUGCACACGGCUCGGCUGUGUGAGGAAUUCAACCUACCCGGCCCUCCCGUUGAAGCGGUCGAGAUAGCUCGUGACAAGAAGAGAACCCGUGAUGUGAUUGAAGCCGCUGGUGGACCAACCACCCGGCAUAUGAUCGUCUCCGAUGAGGCCGAUCUGCACAAGGCAGCCCAGUACGUUGGGUUUCCUGCGGUGCUGAAACCAAUAUCGGGUUCGGCCUCCGUCGGCGUUCAGCGCGUGGAUACGUAUGAGUGCUUGGUCGAGGUCUUCAACGAUGUUAGGGGCUCGAUAGCGGACAUGGUCCUGAUUGACGGGAUGUUCGUGCACAAACAGGGGGAUCUUGACCACACUAUCGAGUUCGGCUCUUUUAUGUUGGAAGAGUAUCUAGAUGGCUCCGAGGUCGACGUGAAUAUAGUCAUGAGUGAUGGAGUUGCCACCUUCGUCUGUGUGCAUGAUAAUGGUCCUACACUUGAGCCUCAUUUUAACGAAACGUGGGACAUCUUCCCUAGUACACUACCAUCCGACCAGGUGGCUGCUCUUGAAGACCUGGCUGUGAAGUCCGUCGUCGCCAUGGGUUUCACAAGUGGAGUGUUCCACGUAGAGGCCAAGUACACUAGCCGUGGUCCUCGACUGAUCGAGGUCAAUGCUAGAAUGGGUGGUGGACCACUUCGAGACCAACAGAAGGCUGCUACGGGUGUUGAUUUAGUCGAUGAAGUGCUUCUCAUCGCUCUUGGUCUGCCUAGUUUACCCCCACUGCUGCCAGUGGAUGAGCGCAAAGCCGUUGUGUGCAUUUCUGUCAACGCGCUCAAAUCUGGGACUAUUCUAAACUUGUCCUUCUCGCACCGGUGGGACUCCAUCGAGGGUGUCACAGUUCUUUCUAACACGGUUCUCAUCAAGGAGGGCCAGCAUAUAGUGGGUCCAGAGGAAGGACUACCAACCUGGCUCGCUGAUGUCGUCUUCUCUACGCCGUUGUCGAAGCUGGGUGAAUUGAGAGGGUUAGCUCAUCGACUCGACAAAGAGAUCGCUGAGGACUACUUGAGCCAUUAUAGUCAUUCUUGA